UGAUGACAAUGAGUCCCGUCCAUGUGUUGCCUGACAGGAUGGCGGAUACCGGCAGCGAUACUCCUUCCUCUCAGCCGCCCCAGCAAACUACAGACAAACCCAAAACAGCCAAGCAGCUGGAAAAGGAAGCCAAGAAAGCGGCUAAACUAGCUAAAUUCGCAGAGAAGCAGGCAAAGACUAGUGUAAAGAGCGGUGAUGUUCAGCAGAAGAAACCCAAAGCAGUGGAGGAGAAAAAAGUCAUCACCUAUGACAUUCCAACACCUGUGGGUGAAAAGAAAGAUGUGAAUGUGGAGUUGCCAGCUCAGUACAGCCCCAGGUAUGUGGAGGCUGCCUGGUAUGAUUGGUGGAAGAAGGAAGGAUUCUUCAAGCCAGAAUAUGGAAGAAACCUUAAUGAAGACAAUCCAAAAGGAAAGUUUGUUAUGGUUAUCCCUCCACCAAAUGUGACUGGCACUUUGCAUUUGGGCCAUGCUCUUACCAACUCUGUGGAGGAUGCCAUAUGCCGCUGGAAUAGGAUGAAAGGUCGUACAACACUGUGGGUUCCAGGGUGUGACCAUGCUGGAAUAGCUACACAAGUGGCUGUGGAGAAGAAGGUCAAGCGGGAGGAGGGAAUUACUCGCCAUGACCUUGGACGAGAAGAAUUCAUGAAGAGGGUCUGGCAGUGGAAAAAUGAGAAAGGUCACCGCAUAUACCACCAAUUGGAAAAGAUGGGCUCCUCUUUGGACUGGGACCGAACGUGUUUCACCAUGGACCCUGGGCCACAGGAAGCUGUAAAGGAGGCCUUUGUCCGAAUGCAUGAAGAUGGAACAAUUUACAGAUCAAACCGCCUUGUUAACUGGUCUUGUACACUGAAAUCUGCUAUUUCUGAUAUUGAGGUCGAGAAGAAGGAGCUGGCUGGCCGGACAGAGCUUCCAGUACCAGGCUAUGCUGAGAAAGUUGAAUUUGGAGUGCUGGUUAACUUUGCAUAUCAAGUGGAAGGCUCUGAAGACCGGGUGGUUGUGGCCACUACCCGUAUUGAAACCAUGCUUGGUGAUACUGCUGUUGCCGUUAAUCCCAAGGAUGAAAGGUACAAACAUCUUCAUGGCAAAACUCUUGUGCAUCCAUUCACUGAUCGCCGGCUGCCAGUGCUUCAAGAUGACUUUGUAGAGAUGGACUUUGGUACUGGUGCUGUCAAGAUCACACCUGCACAUGAUCCCAAUGAUUAUGAAGUUGGCAAACGACACAACCUUCCUUUCCUCAACAUUUUCACAGAUGAUGGCCACAUAGUGGAAGGUUAUCAGCAGUUCACAGGAAUGAAGAGGUUUGAAGCUCGUCGUGCUGUACUAGAAGCUCUCAAGGAGAAGGGCCUCUAUGUGGAGACUAAAGAUAACCCAAUGGUAGUGCCUAUUUGCUCUCGCUCCAAGGAUGUCAUUGAGCCCAUGAUAAAGCCCCAAUGGUAUGUCAAGUGUGGUGCCAUGGCUCAGAAGGCUGUGGAAGCUGUCAAGUCAGGUGAAUUAGAAAUUAUUCCUAAAAUGCAUGAAAAGACCUGGUACCAUUGGAUGGAAGAGAUCAGAGAUUGGUGCAUAUCUAGGCAGCUGUGGUGGGGUCACCAAAUUCCAGCGUACUUUGUAACCUUUGAUCCAUCCGUCCCACAGCAAAAACAACAAGAUAAUGAUGAGUACUGGGUGAGUGGAAGGACAGAAGAAGAGGCAAGGCAAAAGGCUGCCUCCAAAUUCAAUGUUUCACCAGACAAGAUAAAGUUGCAGCAAGACCCAGAUGUUCUUGACACAUGGUUCAGCUCAGGUCUCUUCCCAUUUGAAGUCAUGGGCUGGCCCAAGGAGACUAAAGACAUGGAGUUGUUCUAUCCCAACACUCUUCUGGAGACUGGGCAUGACAUUCUUUUCUUCUGGGUAGCAAGAAUGGUUUUCUUUGGCCAACACAUUCUUGGAAAGCUGCCAUUCAAGCAAGUGUAUCUGCAUGCCAUGGUACGAGAUGCUCAUGGCCGCAAGAUGAGCAAAUCCCUUGGCAACGUUAUUGAUCCCAUGGAUGUAAUUUAUGGAAUAAGUCUCCAGGAUCUUCACAAGCAGCUUGAUGAAAACAGCAACUUGGAUCCAAAAGAAAUAACCAAAGCCAAGGAAGGACAGAAGUGUGACUAUCCUCAGGGCAUUCCUGAGUGUGGCACAGAUGCUCUUCGCUUUGCCCUCUGUGCUUAUACACAAGGAAGAGACAUAAAUCUGGAUGUUUUGCGGGUCAAUGGUUACAGGAACUUCUGCAAUAAGUUGUGGAAUGCAACUAAGUUUGCCAUGAUGAAUAUUGGCAAAGGCUUUAAGCCUUACAGCUCUCUCACAGAACUGCAGCAAAAGGUACAACAAGCGAGAUCAGAAUGCAAAAAUGAGCACUCCAGGUCGUCUUCAUCCUGUAAACAGAGUAAUGAUAUAGGAGAAUUAUCUGUGCUAAAUGAAACACUGGAACAGUACAGCUAUGUUGGAGGAUAUACUCCAACAAAAGCUGACCUUUCUGUCAUGAAACGUAUAGUAGAAGCAGAUGUAUCACUUUCAAAAUAUCCACAUGUGUUGCGUUGGUACUGCCACAUGUCCAGCUUUUCUGAAGCAGAAAGAAGGUCUCUUCCUGAGGCUAAAGGCAGCUUACAAGCUCCCAGCUUGAAAUCCAGUGAGAAAGCAACCCUGAGCAUGGUAGACAGGUGGAUGUUGGGGCAGCUUGCUGUUGCUGUGCAGGAGUGUAAUGCUGCCUUUGAGGAAUUCAAUUUCCCAAGAGCCACCACAGCACUGUAUAAUUUGUGGUGGUACCAAAUAUGUGAUGUUUAUCUGGAAUGCUUAAAACCAGUGAUGUACUCCAAUGAUGAGGAAGCCAAGAACUUGAGUCGUAAUGUGCUCUACACAGCGUUGUAUGUUGGUCUGGCCCUUAUCUCACCCUUCAUGCCUUUCUUGUCUGAGGAGCUGUUUCAGCGCCUUCCUCCACGUACACCCAGCCAGCCUGCAUCUUUGUGUGUAACAGCAUACCCAGAGCCUCAGGAGUUUGAUAUAUUUUAUGAUGAAGAAGUAGAGGAAAAAUUCAAAUUUGGACAGAAAGUCAUUGGUGAGGUUCGCUCUGCAAAAGCAAAGUAUGACAUCCCCAACAAAACAAAGGUUGAAGUGGUCCUUCAAUCAGAAAGUGCUGACAAGAGAACUACUUUGGAGUUACUUAGCCAAGACAUUGCCACACUGACAGUUGCUUCUGAAGUGAAAGUGUCCACCAACAAGCCUAAAGGGUCGGUUCCAACACCCAUUUCAGCUGAUACAGUUGCAUGGAUGAAGUUACAGGGUCUGGUCAACCUUGGCAAAUGUAAAGAGAAAAUACAGCAAAAGAUGAAGAGUGCUGAUGAGAAACUGAAAACUUUGUUGAAUGACAUGUCAAAACCAAGUUAUGAUAAGGUGCCUGAGGCCGUGCGCUCUCGCAAUGAUGAGAAAAAGCUAGAGCUGGAAGCAGAGUUGGAGCAGACCCGUGAUGCUAUUAUGAAGCUGGAGGCAAUGGAGACCGAGUAGAGGUAGGCCAGUCACACAAAGAAGCUGCAUAGUUGGUGGCCAGUGGUGUGAAGAAGCAUCUCUAAACUUUUAAUUUAUAUGAUUGUAUCCUUCAGGUUUUAAUAAUGAUAUGGGUUUAUAAAUAAACUUUGUAUGACUAGUGCUGUUGUAAUAUAAUUUGAUCACUGAGAUGUAAAGCUAUAUUUAAUACAGCAAUAAUUGAGAAAAGAUUAUAUGAUUGUUCAUAAAGGAUAUGUGAAUAUGUGCACACGGGUGGACAUGCACAUGCAUAUAUUUUUCUUACUGCCAUCUAAGCCAAUGAAAUGUUUUAAAACUUAGUGCAUUCAUAAUUUUUUUUUUCAUAUCUACUCCAAGGUUAUCACAAAGUAGUGGAAGCUAAAUGUGGAAAUAAUUUCUUCAUUUUAUAUGAAAAUAAAUGUUCCAACAAUUC